UCCCGGUACGAGUUGCAAGGACGCUCCUGGCCCUGAGCCCCAGCUCCCUUCCUUUCCUUUGGUUUUUCUUCUGCACCCGCUUCCAACUUACGCGGUCACCCUUCCCAAGCUGGGAAGUUGCACGAGAAGAGAAGUCUCUUUUCGUGCAACUUCACUUUUGAAAUGCUGUAAGAACAGCUCAGAUGAUUCAUUCGACUCCCUGUUUAGGCAGCCAGACUUUUACUAGCCAAGAUGGAUGGGAGAUGCUACAUUUUUAAUGCCAAAGCUAAAUAAAGCUGUCUUGUCCAAAGGUUGAAAUAAGGUGUGGUUUGAAGGAAUUCAUUAGCCAUGGAUAUAUUCAAGAAAGGACUUUCCAAGGCCAAGGAGGGAGUAGUGGCUGCUGCUGAAAAAACCAAGCAGGGUGUGGCAGAGGCAGCGGGAAAGACAAAAGAGGGUGUUCUCUAUGUAGGUUCCAAAACCAAGGAGGGUGUUGUGCACGGUGUGACAACAGUGGCUGAGAAGACCAAAGAGCAAGUGACAAAUGUUGGAGGGGCGGUGGUGACAGGUGUGACGGCAGUAGCCCAGAAGACAGUGGAAGGAGCAGGGAGCAUUGCAGCUGCCACUGGCUUUGGCAAAAAGGACCAGUUUGGCAAGAAUGAAGAAGGUGCCCCACAGGAAGGAAUCCUGGAGGAUAUGCCCGUGGAUCCCGACAGUGAGGCUUAUGAAAUGCCUUCUGAGGGAGGGUAUCAGGACUACGAACCUGAAGCCUAAGGCCAGUCUUUGCUCCAGUUUCCUGAGAUCUGCUGACAGAUGUUCCAUCCUGUAAAAGUGCUCAGUUCCAGUGUGCCCAGUCCUGACAUUUUCUCAAAGUUUUUACAGUGUCUUUUGAAGUCUUCCAUCAGCAGUGAUUGAAGUGCUCGCACCUGCCCCCGCCAGCGUUCCGGUGCUCCCCUCUCACUGACGUGAACAUAUGGUAGCAGGGUCCUUGUGUGCUCUGGAUAUUGUGGCUUCAAAUCUAAAAUAUUAAAACCAAUUAAAAACACCUAAGUGACUACCACUUAUUUCUAAAUCUUCACUAUUUUUUGUUGCUGUUGUUGAGAGAUUGUGAUUUAUUAUCAUAUAAGAUUUUUAGGUAUCUUUUACUGAUUCUGUCCGAGAAUUAUAAUGUAUUGUGAAAUUCGUUUACAUAUAUAGCAUUUAAAAAGAGCAUGAAACUAUGCACCUAUAAAUAUUAACAAUGAAGUUUUACAGCUUUGUGGUGUGUUUUAUUAACUUGUGUUUGUAUAUAAAUGGUGAAAAUUCAAAAUAAAAUGUUAUCUCAUU